ACAGGCUCCUGUCCCGCUGAUGAGGCAGCUGAACAGCUCAGACUGCCUGGCUGCUUGCGUUGCCUCCUGCAUCCAAAAAGCAGCACUGUGCAGAACCUCUUAUCGCUGACAGACGUGACACAACUUGUCCAGCCAAGCAACGUCACAAUUUUGACCAAGCAUGUCAGCAUAACAGAAGGACAGAUUAAUCCUGCUGUUCAGGACAGAUGAGAACACACAGAACUUAUUACACGUGUGCCUUGGAAUCUUUAAUGACUGGAAAACUCAGUGGAUCAUGUUUUUAUCAUCUAAGCUAUUUUUACGUUGACUGUGCUGUAAACACAUGGAGGAGCUCUUGUGGUACAAUGCCAGAAAGACUAACGGAAAUGCUUAUGGAUACAUGGACUCCAUUAAUAAUAUUAUGGAUUACUGUCCUUCCUUCCAUUUAUAUGGCUCCAAUGAAUCAAUCUCAAGUACUACCAAGUGGAUCCAGUACAGGACUAAAAAGGCUAAGUGAAGAACAAAGAGUUUUGAACCGUUCCAAGAGAGGCUGGGUUUGGAAUCAAAUGUUCGUAUUGGAAGAAUUUUCUGGACCUGAACCAAUACUAGUUGGCCGGUUACACACAGACCUGGAUCCUGGCAGCAGCAAAAUCAAGUAUAUUCUGUCAGGAGAUGGAGCUGGAACAAUCUUUGUGAUUAAUGACAAGACUGGAGACAUUCAUGCAAUGAAAAGGCUUGACCGUGAGGAAAAAGCUGAAUACACUCUAACAGCUCAAGCAGUCGACAGGGACACAAACAAACCUCUGGAGCCUCCCUCAGAAUUCAUUAUUAAGGUUCAAGACAUCAAUGACAAUGCCCCAGAGUUUGUUGAUGGUCCGUAUCACGCCACAGUUCCAGAAAUGUCUAUUGUAGGUACCUUUGUUACUAAAGUCACAGCUACAGAUGCGGAUGAUCCCGUGUAUGGAAAUAGUGCCAAGCUGGUUUAUAGCAUUCUGGAAGGACAGCCUUACUUUUCUAUUGAGCCACAUACAGCUAUAAUUAAAACAGCUCUUCCCAACAUGGACAGAGAAGCCAAAGAAGAAUACUUUGUGGUCAUCCAAGCAAAGGACAUGGGAGGACAUAUGGGUGGACUCUCUGGAACUACAACAGUGACAAUCACACUCACCGAUGUUAAUGACAAUCCUCCUAAGUUUGCACAGAGUCUGUAUCACUUCUCAGUAAUGGAAGAUGUUGCUCUUGGUGAACCAAUAGGAAGGGUGAGAGCAAAUGACCUGGAUAUUGGAGAAAAUGCUAAAUCGUCCUAUGAUAUUAUUGAAGGAGAUGGAAUGGAUAUAUUUGAAAUUACUACAGAUGCCCAAACUCAGGACGGCAUUAUUAGAGUGAGAAAGCCACUGGACUUCGAGACCAAAAAAUCCUAUACUCUAAAGGUAGAAGCCGUCAACAUUCAUAUUGAUCCUCGCUUCAUCAGUGGAGGACCAUUCAAGGAUACAGCAACGGUAAAAAUCGUAGUAGAGGAUGCUGAUGAGCCACCAGUCUUUUCAUCACCUACUUACCUACUGGAAGUGCAUGAAAACGCUGCUAUUAACUCUGUGAUCGGUCAGGUGACUGCCCAUGACCCUGACGUGUCUUCCAGUCCUAUAAGGUUUUCCAUUGAUCGGCACACUGAUCUCGAGAGACAGUUCAACAUUAAUGCAGAAGAUGGGAGAAUAACGUUGGCAACACCGCUGGACAGAGAAACGAAUACGUGGCACAACAUAACUAUCGUAGCUACUGAAACUAGGAACCACAGUCAAGUGUCCCGGGUACCUGUUGCUAUCAAAGUUCUUGAUGUGAAUGACAAUGCUCCUGAGUUUGCAUCAGAGCAUGAAGCCUUUUUAUGUGAGAAUGGGAAGCCUGGACAAGUAAUUCAGAUCGUCAGUGCCAUCGACAAAGAUGAUCCUAAAAAUGGGCAUUAUUUCCUGUACAGUCUUCUUCCUGAAAUGGUCAACAAUCCAAAUUUCACCAUCAAGAAAAAUGAAGAUAAUACUCUCAGCAUAUUGGCAAAACAUAGUGGAUUCAGCCGGCAGAAACAAGAAGUAUAUCUACUGCCAAUCGUGAUCAGUGAUAGUGGGAAUCCUCCCAUGAGCAGCACCAGCACCCUCACUAUUCGAGUCUGUGGUUGCAGCAGUGAAGGCAUCGUCCAGUCUUGUAACGUUGAAGCCUACGUUCUUCCUAUCGGACUCAGUAUGGGAGCCCUCAUUGCGAUAUUAGCGUGCAUCAUUUUGCUGCUAGUCAUUGUGGUGCUGUUUGUAACACUAAGAAGACAUAAGAAUGAGCCGCUAAUCAUUAAAGAUGAUGAAGAUGUGAGGGAAAAUAUUAUUCGCUAUGAUGAUGAAGGAGGUGGAGAAGAAGAUACAGAAGCUUUUGACAUUGCGACUUUGCAAAACCCAGAUGGAAUUAACGGAUUUUUGCCUCGCAAGGAUAUUAAGCCUGAUCUUCAAUUUAUGCCCAGUUUUACCUGUUCACUGCAGAAAGAGAUCUUCCUGAACGACUUCAUCGUUUGUUGAGGAACGUAGUCCUUCAAAAGCAUUUAUUUGUUAGUUGAACGCAGUCAAAAUAAAAAAGGGAUAAUGUUUGCACAAUUUUUGACAGCGUUUGCAGAAUUAGCUCUGCAGCAGCCUCUGACCGCAGGAGUUACGUGUGUCUAUUUCACCACACCAUGCUGAAAAAUAACCUUACCCUUUUUUUUAGUUAAAGUAUUGCUAGUAAAAACAAUCCUCCCUCUUUAAGCUCCUCGUUAAAGUUGGUUCUGUGAACAAAGACGUCUUCGUACAUCACCCCCAGUUUUGCCUGUAUUUCAAAGUGGAAACAUUUACUUCGCUUUAGCAGUGGCCUGGCUGCGUUUAAUGACUGCGAUUUCCAGACAACUAAUAUGCUAACACCGCUUCUAUAUGUAUUAUGAAGAUUUUAUUUAAAUUAAUGAAAUAUCCAAUUCAUUUAAAUUGCCCAGCAUCGAAAAAGAAAUGCCUCUGAAUAACUUUAUCUAGCAAUUUUCUUAAUACUAUAAAAUAAAGAGUGAAGUCAUCUAAAGAUAGAAAAGAAGUAGUCAUCAAGAUUUCAAUGAAAUAAAACUUAUUUAUAUAACAGUGUAAUAAUGGCCAAACAGGUUCUCACUAGUCACUGAAACCAAGUGCCAGGAUUCUGAAUUGCCAUGCUGAAUCUUAUAGUAGUGUAAGUGGAAAAGUCCGAUUUGAAACUUAAACUGAGGCAAUUUCUAGUCUACAUCCCAUUCCUGGGAGCAAAGGAAGGUGCUGCGAGAUAUGGAUCAUAUUAUUGUCUAUAGGCACAUAAGCGUUUAGGGCAAGCAGCUCUGACUGUGAAUUAUAGCAUAUACUGUAGAGUUUUGCAAAGCUCUUUUGUAGGAAAACUCACAAAUGGAUAACCUUCUGAUUGCCUUUUUGAUUGAAAGUUCCAUCUGAGACCAAGACAGUAAUAAGAUUUCAAGGAAAAAAAAUCCCAUCACUGGGACUGUAGGAGAGGCAAAGCAUGACAGAAAUCUCAUCAUUGUCAGUUAAAAAGAGCUGGUAGCUACCACUGGUAGGCGUAGCUGUAAAUUGUGUGUUUAUACAGGUUUUAAACAUGAAUAUUUACAACGCAAAGGGGAGAAAAAUUAAUGAAGUUGUGAUUGGUCAGUAGCUAUUUCUCAAAGUCUGCACAACCCCACCAGAAAGAAAUUAUUCAUUCUGCAAAUUCCAUGUGAUUUGAAUAUACAAUUUAUACCAAUACAUGGUAAAGGGUUAAUUGUUGAUCAUGCAGUUUUACAAUAUUUGUUUCUUAUUUUGACAAUGAAAUUAAUUCGGUAUAAAAUUGUUUUGGAUAAUGAUGGUAUUUAGGGGGAUUAGAAUCAUAUCAUUCGACAUUUCACAUCUAGAUUUAGACAUAUUAUCAACAUUCUUUUUAAGCAUGUAAAACGGUAAUUCAUCUUUUUCAACAACAUUUAAUUAGCAAUUGACUCAUUGUAAGUGACAAGGAAAAUGCAUUAAAUUAGAAUUAUUAAUACUGAUAAAUUUGAGAAUUAAAUUCUCAAACCCUUACAAGUGCCAAGCCCUCUAGAGUCCCAUCGAUUCUGGCUUGCCUUCACCUCGCUGUGUCUCAUACUCAUUUGUCAGAACUGCUAAAGUAAGUCAUCCUACACAUAAAAAGCUUGAAUUCUAAAUUUUUGGCCUGGGCAUUGUCCAGACCCAAAAUUCAGCUUCGUAGUUUCAAUACGCAAGUACUGUGAAAUGAAUGUGUGUACAUGUUUGCUAAUUAUAACUCUAAUGACUAAAGGUCUUCAGCGUGUUCUGCCUUUUACAGUAACCGAACGCAUGUGCUAUUUGUGUGCUGCUGCGACCUUGAGAUCAUGGAAAGCUCAUUUAGAAACAAUGCAUUUUUCACCCGGUAUCAUUUUUACCUUUUUGUCUAUGAUGAAUUCAAAAUGACUGUGAAAUACACAGCAGAGAAAAUGGCUGAAGAUUUUCAUUUAAAUCAGCAGUUGCUGAUCACGGGAGAAACAUUUAACACUAUGGCAACUCCAAAUACCAUCAACUAUGUCGCAGCGCAGCACUAACAAUUCUCAAUCUGGAGAACAGACAGGAUGUCUGCAGAACUGUGUGUUUGAAAUAACUGUAUUUGUACAGCUCUGCUAGAGGUGGAUAUGCUGAUUUUAAUACACAGAGAAAAAUAUGUCAGCUGUACUGUAUCCCUGCGGUUGCAGGUACAUAUGUAUAUGUGUGGUGAUUUUUUUUUAGUCGUGUGCAUGGUCAUUGAGUUCUAGAAAUGAAUAAAGGGGCUUAGAAAGCUUCUCCAAGGUCUGUCGAGCUGUAGGAAGCCUUGACAGGUAGUCUGUUUCUGUAUCUGAUUUUCUUGGGAUAUAAUUUCAGCCUCCAUUGAGCUAUUUUACCGUUUCUCUCCUUUUCCCCGCCCCUCUCUCCACCAGUUCACCAUCCAGCUAUAAUGCUGUGAACAUGGUGUUGGGGAAUAUGGUCAUUAAGAGUACAGAACUCUUUUUCAGCUGCUACGUUCAGUGAGUGGAAACAAGCAGGUAGGCCGGCAUUCUUAAGUUCAGCAAGGUCUCUUCUCUCUUCUCGUCUUAUUUGUGUUUCAAAAAGCCAAAGCAAAACCAAACAACAAAAGACCCAACAAACAACUGUGUGCAAGUGGCUCACUUUUCCCAUAUAGCCAGAGGACUGUAUUGUUACCUGAACGAGUUCAAGUGCUGCAUAGAAAACAUGAAAAGCAUGACUAGAAACAAUACAAAAACCUAUCAUAAGAAGACUUCUAGUGAGCAGUCUGGGUUAUUUAUACCAAAGGACUGUUUCUGUGUUUUAAAUUACACAGAAAAAUCUAAAGCAAAUGACGGUGGUUUUUAGUCAAUAGAAAAAAAUAUUCAGUAGCCGCACACAUUCACAGGAAUUUCUGCUGAAGAGAAGUGAAAGGAGGUUACUUAAAGCAAUUAUUUGUCAGAUUUGGAAAGUUCUUAGCAGUGGCAGGAUGUCCUAGUAAAUUAAAGCUUAGUACAUGGAGUGGGGGGGGGGGGAAAUUGGAGUAUUGACCAUUAUUAGAGUUAACUUUCAGAGUGCCGCAGGUGUCAGCAGCAGCAAAGAGAGUAUUGACGGAGAGAGCAGUGGAAGGUUUCUGUAAUCCAUGGUUCACAUGAGUUGGGCUUGCAUUAUUUCUGCAUUUGUACACUAUUUGUGCUGGAUAAUAUCCUGGCUUUGCAGAAGGUGGAAACCAAUUUAACUUGCUGUGUAAUUCACUGUGAUGGGUUCUGUAAUCACACUGCAAAAUUAGUCUAGCUGCUGUAUAAUACAAUACUGAUACUGGCUUAUGCGCUGCACCAGUCCCUCUCCAAAUAAUGUCAUAGUAUUCUAAACGAGAAAAUAUAAAAACUCUGACAAUGCUUUUUGUGCAACUGCAACUAAGACAUCUUCCGAAACCGCUAAUGAAAGCAAGCUGAAGCUCAGAGUUUCUGGCAGAGCCUUGUAAAUGUGCUCAUUAACAUUGCAACACAACUAUUCCUUCUUUUUCCUCCUCCUACCCCCUCCCACGCUGCAAAAAUUAAACCAGGGAAAUGAACAAAAUGAAAAUUUCACCCUUCUCUUCAGAGGGGAUAUGUAAUAAUUUACAAAAUUCCCUUUCUUCUCUUCCCACUAUUUCAGAUGCCUGCAUGAAUGAAGUCUGUGUGAUGAUGACAGGCAGACAGGAGGGAUGAGUAGAGGUUACCUGUUUCAUUACGUGAAUGGAGAAAGCAUUUAUGGUAUGAGGGCAGUAGUACCAUCUCCUCAAAGCCUUGUCAAGAUAAAAACCUUGCAGAUGUUCCUCUAGAGAGUUCCCGUCACGCCACAUAUAUCCAAGGAAAGAUCUUCCUCGAUGUAUACAAAAUAGAGCUGAGCACUCUCAACGAACCGCCUAAAGUCCAACAGUGCCAUCUCAAAUUCCUGUUCAUCAAGCGAACACAGCCUGGCUCUUCUGUGGUCGAUACCUACAUCCAGGAACACUCCAUGGUGCUUAGGAACACACAGAGUGUUUCUUUACUGAUGUGAAAAGGUCUGAUUUGUGAAGUUGGGAAUAAACAGCCAGUAAGACAGAAGGCAGGUAGCAUCGUCAAUGUUAAAAGGACAGAUGGUUCUGGAAUCAUCUUGUAUCUUAUUUGGGGCUGUGUGUUGUCUAAGUCCAACCUGGAUUGUUUACCUUCAAAUUAUUUUUUUAACAGUAAUACAGUCAAUUCCCCGCUCUUCAUUGCAGAUGGGUUUCUGAAAUAUAAAACGGGCCUUAUGUUUUGGGGAG